UUUUUUUUUUUGAUAACUAGUCUUUGUCAAUUUUCAUUACCAUAAGUUAAUCCAUGCUGAUUGAUGGCCGUGACUUAAAAUCUAAUUAUAAACCUUUUUUUAAGUGAAAAAUUAUGGCUGAGUUUAUGUACUACGCGACGCGGAAUGGUUGACCAUGACUCAUAACAUAAUUUCAUUUUAUAAUUUAAAAAGCCAUAUGCUUAUUUUAGCAAGCUACUUUGUUGUGUAACAAAUAAUUGGAGAUUAUCUAAUAUGAUAUGAUGUUGAAUCCAAUGUUUUGGAAAAAGACAUGUGUUUGGGAAAUUCAUAUUAUAUUUUAGUGUGAAUGAGAAUUAGUGUUAUCGAAAUUGCAUAUGGUGGAUCAACAACAACAACUACUACUAGCAUAUUACAAAUUUACAAAACUGAAAAAAAAAGAAAACAAGUACUAUGCACAUGGUUUACAACAAUUAUUCAACGUAUCAUUUGGCUGUCAUUCUAGCCAUGACAGGCAAAAAUGGGUCAUGUGACGCGCAUAACUUGUUCUGUUUCUAUUCCUUUUUUUCUUAUUUAGAGAUGAAAUAAAGAAACGAAGACCCCACAUAAUGAUAUAAUCAUUUUAAUCCAAACCACUUUUCUCCCACUUUCACAUCUUUAUCACUAGUACUAAUACUACUACAUGCUACCUUAUUAUAACCAAAGCAUAUAUUAUAUAAAAAGCUAAUAAUAUUCGUAUACCUAAGAAAAAACCCAACUCACAAACACAACAACAUACACAAAAAGAAAAUAUUAUAGAGCAGAUAGAGUGUCCCCCAAAAGCUCAUAUCUAUAACCUCUGAUUCCCUUUUUCCUGCUUCUAAUUCUAUCAAAAGCAAAAAAAAAAACUCAAAUAAUGGAAGGAGAUGAGAAUGAUCUUACACCCUUUUGGCUACAAUCCUCAGAUAGUCGCCGGCAGCGGCGGCUGAGCCGUUCAUCAUCUCUACUCUUCAACUCUAGUGCUUUUCUCAUAGUCUUGAUUGUUACAACACUUGCAUUUAUCUUCUUUAUUAUUCCAACGAUUCUUUCCUUCGCUUCUCAAAUAUUCAAACCUCAGUCUGUAAAGAAGAGCUGGGAUUCUCUCAAUCUGAUUCUAGUUCUGUUCGCCAUUAUUUGUGGGUUUCUAAGCAGAAACAGUGGUGAGAACGCUAGCCCUUAUGAAGAUCGAACUGUUUCUAAAUCUUCUUCAACUCGAGAGGUUGAGAAGUCCAACCCAUCAAGUCCAAAUCGAUGGUACCAAUAUUCAGAUCGGACACUGUCAUAUAACAAUGGAAAUGGACUUACUAGACUCAGAAAUAGUAGCUCAUACCCUGAUCUACGUCAAGAAUCUUCCUGGGUUACCAGAGAUGAACAAUGGCAAUUCUACGAUGAUACCCAUGUCUCUAAUUACCGCCCACUCGGCUCCGAUGGGCUACACCAACGUCGCCGGCCAUUGCAGGAACCUGAAAAGGUAGAAAAAGAUCAAAACUUGGAGACCAAGAAUAUUGAGGUCGACACUUUUCAGGUCCGAACAGAGGAAAAAUCUCAAGCGCCUGAACCAACCCCUCAGCCUUCUACGCAGCUUCCGCCUCAGCCACCCCCAUUUCCUCCUCCGUCGCCUCCCACGGCUCCGGUGAAAAAGCGCAAAGCGAAGAGGACCUAUCAAGAUAUUAGACAAAAAGACGAGAUUGAAAGAAACAACUUUUCUGAAGUUAAACAUGUAAAUUCUCAACCACCACCUCCACCAUUGCGUCCCCCUCCACCUCCGCCGCCGCUACCGCCGCCGCCGACGUACCAAGAAUCGGAACCCAAAAGUGGAAAAAGUGAGAAAAAGAGAAAUACGGCUACCAAGGAUUUCUUAAUCUCACUUAGGCGAAAGAAAAAAAAGCAAAGACAAAAGAGCGUCGAAAAUUUUGAAUCCAUUCUUACCUCAAUCGACCAUACUUCAUCAUUGCAAUCUUCAUCUUCAUACCCAUCGCCAUCACCGCCGCCUCCACCUCCACCGCCGCCACCUUCAGUUUUCCAUAAUCUGUUUUCUUCAAAGAAAGGUAAAAACAGAAACCCUUACUCGAGGUCUCAGCCGCCGCCGCCUCCUCCUCGGCCACCGGUCAAUAUUUCAACACUAAGGGUUUCGAAGAACAAAGCUCUAAGCAAACCGAUUCCAGUGACUCACAAACUACCACUAUCGGCUACAACCGGAAGCGAGUCGCCGCCGAUGUCGAGUUCGAUCCCUCCACCUCCGCCUCCGCCGCCGCCAUUCAGGAUUCAGGACUGGAAAUUCGUGAAGCAUGGGGAUUUUGUGAGGAUAAAGAGUAGCGGGAGCUCAAGAAGUGUGUCCCCGGAUUUGGAUGAGAGCGAGGAUUCUUCAAUAGAAGGCACGAGUCCGUUGGCGGCAUCGGAAGGUGGACAGUCGCCGGCGCCGUCGUUGUUCUGUCCGAGCCCGGAUGUUGAUACCAAAGCUGAUAACUUCAUCGCGAGAUUCAGGGCAGGUUUGAUCUUGGAGAAGGAGAACUCUUUCAGGCAAGGAGACAGGGCCAAGUCAAGAUUUGGGCCACAAACGGGCUUGGGCCGGAAAAAUGUCGAAGGAUAAGGCCCAAAAAUAAGGCUCAAAGUUUAAGUUGUUACGUUUUCUUUUGGAAAAAAAUUACAUAUAAGAGGUAUACUAUACUCUACACAUAAGCAAGUUCCAUUGUAGAUAUAAGUACAGAGUUAUUAUCAUUUGGGAAUUGGGUUAUUAUUAUUUUUUUUUUCACAUUUUUGUAAUGAUUUGAUUUUUUCUGGGUUGAGGAAUGUUUCUUUUUUGGGGGAAUGUUUGUAGAAAUUCGAUAAAUAAUUUUGUCGGAAUUUGUGUUCGAUUUUGAGAUGUUGUUUUAGUAUAAGAUGGAAAUACAGGAUUUGUUUUAAGAGUAAUUUAUAUUUUUAAGUGA